AUGGCGAUGUCUUCCUCCACCUCCAGCCGCCUCCACCUACCCUCGUCCUGGCACGCCACCACGACCAAGGCGACAUGCCGGUGGCGGCGUCAGCGCUUCCUUCCCGUGGCAGCUGCCGCUGCCCCGCUCCGCCUCCGCGCCGUACAUGCCACGGACGCCGCCGCGGGGCAGCCGAUCGACGCCGGGUCCGGCGCCGCUGACGGGCCGGACGACCAGCACCCGCGGCUGAAGAUCGCCAUCGUGGGGUUCGGCAACUUCGGCCAGUUCCUAGCGCGCACCUUCGCGCGGCAGGGCCACACGCUGCUCGCCCACUCCCGCACCGACCACUCCGCCGCCGCGGCCGCCCUGGGCGCGACCUUCUUCGCGGACCCGCACGACCUCUGCGAGUCCCAGCCGGACGUGGUCCUCCUCGCCACCUCCAUCCUCUCCGCCAAGGCCGUCCUCGCCACCCUCCCGGUGCACCGCUUCCGCCGCAACACGCUCUUCGUCGACGUGCUCUCCGUCAAGGAGUUCCCCAAGAACCUGCUCCUCGCCUCCCUCCCCGACGACUUCGACAUCAUCUGCACGCACCCCAUGUUCGGGCCGGAGUCGGCCGGCGGCGGCUGGGGCGGGCUCAAGUUCGUCUACGACGAGGUUCGCGUCGGCGACUGCCCGGCCCGCCGCGCCCGAGCUGACGCCUUCCUGGACAUCUUCGCGCGCGAGGGUUGCACCAUGGUGAAUAUGUCCUGCGCCCGGCACGACGAGCUCGCCGCCGCCACGCAGUUCCUCACGCACACCGUCGGGAGGAUGCUCGCGUUGCUCGGUCUCGAGCCCACGCCCAUCGACACCAUGGGGUACCAGGCGCUGCUCCGGCUCGUGGCGAACACCUGCAGCGACAGCUUCGACCUCUACAAUGGGCUGUUCAUGUACAACCAGAACUCCACCGAGCUGCUCAACCGCCUCGAGUCCGCCAUGGACGAAAUCAAGAGGAGGCUGUUUGACGAGCUCCACCAGGUGCUCCGGAAGCAGCUCUUUGAGGGGUCGCCGCCGUUGAACACCGACAGUCCCGGUUCCUCCUCGCCGCCGUUGAACAAGAACAGUCCCGGUUCCUCCUCACCUCCGUUGAACACGGACAGACCGGAUUCCUCCACGCCGCCGUUGAAGGGGGACAGCCCGGAUUCCUCCUCCGCCACCGAGUCAAGCGACCAUGAUCAAGACGGCAACAAUGAGAAGUCGGAAAAUAAUUAA